AUGGCAGAGGUAGCAGCGCUCGUGGCAAUGCUAGUAAUGAGGUUCGACGUAAUACCAGUGGGGAAGACCUGGGUUGAACCCGGUCAGGAUCUCAACAACAUGUCCGUUCAGAUGACUGCUCCACCCGAAAGGAAGGUCAUGGUCAAUAUAGUAACAAGGGAAAAUUUAAGUUAG